CUCCAAUUGACUUGUCCAAGUCGCCCAACCACUAGAGUCCACGAUCGAGCACCCAAAACAUCAUGUUCAAGAAGCCUUUGGGGAAUUUAAAGACUUCAGCACCCCUGCGUAGCUCUGACAGGCGCAAGCUGAAACAACGCGUUAUCCAAGCCUUUUCCCUCAAUCCAGAAGUCGGAGAGGAGCUUGUUCCGGACGGUCUGCUGUCGGCAAAAUUCAACACACAUACCGAUGAGCCAGGUGUGGCUUAUUUGGGACCUGGUGGAGACCCUUUGUGGUUCACGCUUGGGAUAGGCAGCGAGGACAUGAUUCCGACUGUGUAUACGCUGUGGAAGAAGCCGGAUCUCCUCUCUUUUCUGUCCACACCAUCUGCAGUUAUUCCCGUUCUAGUUGGUGGUGCAGAUCUUAUGAUUCCUGGAGUCGUCCAGCAUCCAUCAUCACUUCAAGCCGGACAACUUGUCAGCAUUACAGAACACAUUCACCAUUCGACGCGUAUUGGCGCUCCACUUGCUGUCGGGCGCAUGGCGGUGGAUAGUCAUGUCUUGUCUGGGGUUGCCGCGAAGGGCAAAGCGGUGUUUGUCAUGCAUGCUUGGAAUGACCAUUUAUUUGAUAUGGGGCACAAAGGUAAUCCACCGGAUCCAUGGGAGAUGAGCCAAUUAGUGGAGAAGGAUGAGCAGGCCGUCAAAGAUGAGGAUGACGCAGAGAAUAACGCAGAGAAUAUUGCGUCGAAAGAGCCAUUGGUUGAUGCGCUGAACUCUCACCUGUCGCAGACGCAGUUAGAUGAUCCUGCUCCAACAAUAGAGCUGACGAAAGAAGACGUUUCGAGUAUCCUCCAUGACGCCCUUCUUCAAGCAAUGAAAACGAUUUUAUCGAGCCCCCAGACCUCCGCGCUUCCCAUGCUCGCUAGCACGUUUUACUCGACUUAUGUUCUACCCUCGCGACCUGCCCAGUCACCAUCUCAGCCAACCGUAUCCACACCCAUCGAUAUCAAGCAUUCCUCUCACAAGUCACUCGCGUCUUUUCUCAAAUCUGCAGAGAAACAAGGCCUCUUAAAGCUUAAAGAAAUUAAAUCUGACCUGAUGGUAUUUUCCGUAGCCACAUCACAUGCAAAUGUUGUCGCACACAGACCAUAUUUAUCUCUAAAGGAUGUAUCUCUCAGGAACGAGAAGCGUGGACAACGAGAGGAGGAGGAGCGGACACGGGUCAAGGAGCUUGAAGUAACAGAGCUUUGGAAACCCCAUCUGCAAUCGCUGAAGUUCUUUGCUGAUGCUGGAUUUGAUAAAUCAGCCCUAUACACCUAUACGGAUAUCAAGGCCACACUCGACAAGUACGUCACCGAUCGUCAAUUGGUGAACGCGCACGACCAGUCAUAUAUCAACGUUGGCGCGGAUGGACUUCUACAGACGACCAUCUACAAGUCUGACAAUCCAGCGAAUACGGAGUUUUUCAAACGCGAGGAAGUGAUUGAGCGACUAUCAGACAAAAUGCAGAGUUGGUACAGGAUAUGCGCCGAGGGCAGGGAUCCUAUGCUCAGGAAAGGGCAGAUCAAACCAAUAUCGGUGGUAGUUAAAAUCAGACAAGGUCGUAAGGCGACGACGCUCAUCACAGGGUUCGAGCCAUUCUUGUUGGAGGCGGUUGAUAUUUCAGAGGAGCUGAAGACGAGAUGCGCCUCCUCCACUUCAGUUUCACCUGCACCAGGGAAGUCGUCGGGCAUGGAAGUACUCGUGCAAGGAAAGCAGAUCAAAGAGGUCACAGCGUUCCUUGCCUCGCGAGGUGUACCGAAGCGGUGGAUUCAUACAGAGGGCGGGGGAAAGAAAUAGAUGGGCGUCGGUGCUGGCUGAGUCCUUGUGUUCGGAGUUAUUGUUUGACAACGAAGGCGUGUAUAUGUUACGAUCAAAAGGGUGAGAUCAAUAUUAAACUAAAUAUUCACCUCUGCGCGUCUUUCUGUCUCCAUUCUUUGGCUUGGGCAUUUGCUUCUUGCCUGC